AUGCCUGUAAAGACAUGGCUCGGAAAGGUUUUGCCCUCUUCCCACUCCAGUGUCAGGAACCAGAGGAUGGAGUGUUCCACUUUACCAGUGACGGUUGAGUGCCAGAUCUCCUCUCCCACCUGUGAAUACAAAAUGGAGGAGGUUUUAGGGGCUGGGUCCUUUGGCGAGGUGGUCCAGUGCAGAAAGCUGUCGUCGGGCGAGACCGUGGCUUUGAAGGUGAUCAAGGACAGCAGCAAGAUGGAGGAGGCCAAGGAUGAGGAACGUGUUUUGAUCGAGCUGAAAGCACGGGGCUCGGACCGGUACAACAUAGUCAACUGGAACGACUCCUUCACCUUCCAGGGGCAGUUUUGUCUGGAGUUUGAGAAACUUGACAUGAACCUUCAUCAGCUGCUCAAGUGUCGCCUGCCUCUGUCCUUGAUGGAGAUCCGGCCAGUUCUUCAGCAGUUCCUGAAGAGUGUGGGGAUUGUCCACUGCGAUCUGAAGCCGGACAACAUCAUGGUGGUGGACCACCUGCAGUUGCCCCUGAAGGUGAAAGUCAUCGACUUUGGCUUGGCUCUACAUACGUCAGAACUGUCUCGGGGCACGACGGUGCAGAGCAUGUGGUACCGAUGUCCCGAAGUACUGCUGGGACACGAGUGCAAUGAGGCCAUCGAUGUAUGGUCUCUGGGCUGCAUCGCCGUGGAGCUGCUGCUUGGUCAUUCCCUGUUUGACGGCUGUGAUGAGUACAGCAUGCUGUCACAGAUCAACACCAUGCUGGGAAAACUGCCAGCCAGCCUCCUCAACGCGGGAAUAUUCACAUCGUGCUUCUUCCGCAAGAAAGCCAAAAAAUGGAGAUUGAAGAACCGGGCCGAAAUUAUCACAGCUUAUGACGGCACUCAACCUUUAAACAAACUUUCAGAUCUCUUAGAGGCUCGUUUUGUGCGACCAAUCAACUGCACCGAUGAGGACCGGCGCGCAAUGCAGUGUGACCUGGAGAUCUUUGUGGAUCUAGUCGCGUCGAUGCUUCUGAUGUCACCGCAAAAACGGGCCCGACCUUGUCAAAUUCUGGAGCACAAAUUCAUUUCCAUGAGCCACUUUGAUGGCAAAUUCCCAAACAGUGCUUAG